CUAUCUCUUAUUGGAGCAGUAAGAUUCAUUCAGGUAUUUGAUACAAAUAGAUGAGCUUUCUAGAUGAUGGUCAUUUGAGUAGAAAUCAUUCACAAUGAAAGCAGCUGUCUGUAUAGUGGUAGCGCUAUUAGCAUUCUCUCAGACUACGCUCGGCCGUCCUACAUCAGUACAAUCAAGGGUGGGCGUUUGCCUUGCCGAUUUAAGAACCAGUUUGCAAAGGCAUGUCCAACAACUAGGUCUUUGGGGCCAACUAUUUAUUGCCCAGAUCACAAUCACCCGACAAAUGUUGGAGAGCAGCAGGGAACUGUGUGACGAACUGCUUCGCAGUAAUCCACCGACCGCUUGGGAACGAUUUUUCUUUGAUGCCUGCAUUAGGGAAAAUGAUCGAUUAGCAGAGAUGGAAGCGGAACGAAUUAGAAGGGAAUUGCGAGAAAAGGUUCGAGAACAACCCGCAAUACUUGGAGGAUUUUUGGUUGACUUUACUCGGUGUCUUAUUGGACGAUGACCUUUGAAUUCACACAGAAAAUAAAGGUUUUCAUAGAAACGCACU